AUGGCGCAGGUUCAGGGAGCCAUCGGAGACAAGCUUUCAGAGGCCGACCGCAUCGCCAUCACGGCCUUGGCGACCGCGGGCAUGUACAACGCGAUUGAGAUUUACGUCCUCAUCUUCACGACGUUCCGACGACGACGCGGCCGGUAUUUUUGGAGCAUGCUGGUCGCCAACACGGGGAUUCUGUUCCACGCGUGUGGGGGCCUGGGCCGAUUCCUCCAACCACAAAAGACGCCGAUACCAGGGUCGUUUGCGCAUAUUGGGUGGUACAUGAUGGUUACAGGGCAGUCGGUCGUGAUGUGGUCACGGCUGCAUUUGGUGGUCUACAACCGAUUGACGAUAAAGCUGGUCCUGGCAAUGAUUAUCACGACGGUUUGUUUGGUACACAUACCGCAAACCGUAUUAUUUUCGUUGGUUUGGUCAGGGAUUGAUACACCGGCGUGGACGAAGCGAUUCAGCGUCUUCGAAAAAGUGUCGCUCAUGAUUUUCACCGUACAAGAGACCAUCAUCACCGCGAUCUUCGUGCGAAUGGGCUUCCACAACUUCAAAUCGUUGUUCGAAUUCAAGGGUCGAGAAGCGAAAGUUCUGCUUGGCUAUCUGAUUGGCAUGUUCGUCCUCGUUUUUCUUCUCGACACCGCACUCUGUGUGCUGGAGUACAUGGACUUUUUCGUGUUCCAGACCACAAGCAAGCCGCUUGUUUAUAGCAUCAAGCUGAAAGUGGAAUUCGCCGUCCUCAACAAGCUUCUUGCCUUCACCAGGAUGUCUUCCUGCAACAACUGCCAUGGGCUGGAAGACCUCGCCGUCGCAAAUCAGCCGAAAUCUUCAACAUUAAAUACGAGCCUAGUAACGGAUGCGGCGACUACAACAGCAGUUGAGCGACCCCAUGAAUAA